GUACGAGUCCAGAGAAGUCACAAAAUGGAGAAGAAAAAGACGGAAGAAUGCCCCUUUUUACCCAAAGGGUGGAAGAAGGAAGAAGUCAUAAGAAAAUCUGGUCUGUCUGCGGGUAAAACAGACAUUUACUAUCACAGUCCGUGUGGGAGGAAGUUUCGCAGUAAGCCCCAACUUGCCAGGUUUCUUGGAGACGCCAUUGAUCUGACCUCCUUUGAUUUCCGGACGGGCAAACUCUUAACGUCAGGAGUUCGGAAGAGCAAGAGGUUAAAAAACAUCCAUUAUGACUACAACAAAGGUACGCGGCACGACAUCAGUUUGGUUCUCCCAAUACGACAGACAGCGUCAAUCUUUAAGCAGCCCGUCACACUGAAGACCAAUCAUACGACCAAUCGUAUCAAGGCUGACCCAAAACAGGACACCAAGGAAACACCUAGACAGCUAUUCUGGGAGAAGCGGCUGCAGGGCAUGCAUGCUUGCGACAUCGAAGAAGAAAUCCUACAAUCCAUGGAGCUACCAGAGGGGCUCUUUGCUGUUGGUCCAGACAUGUCGGAGGAAGGUCUUGUACAGAGUAUAGCAUCUAGCUUACAUCUCAGUACUCAACCAAUCAUGGGCCAGACGGGAUCACAGCAUCAGAUUGAGAAGAACCCAGGCGUGUACCUGAAUACAGAGCAGCCUCCUUGUAUGAAGUUCCUGGUGACGGAGGCCGACAUCAAGAAGCAAGAGGAGCGUGUCCGGGAGGUGAGGCAGAGACUGCGCAAGGUGCUGGAGGGAGAUCUCAAACAGAUACAAGCCGAGUUGGAGGAGACAGAAGAAGAGGAGGGAUCAGAGUGAAUGAAUAAACUCCACCCACAAUGACAUAGGAUCAGACAUUCAACCUGUAGCUCCGCCCAGCUGCUGUGGGAAGCUCCUCCCACAAGGCCAAACCAUCAAUUAACUCUCAAUUCAGAUUACUCUGAUUGGUUAAUGGCUACUACCCAGCUGCCAUACAUGCACAUACCAGGUUGAGUUUUUCCACCAGUCUCCGCCCAGCCGCUGUAUACACCAGACUAUGGAUAACUGAAGCUCCUCCCAUAUGACUAAUCAAUCCGUAAUAUUUAAAUUGACAUGGGAGUGAACUCCACAUAUUGGUUACCACCCAAUACUUGACAAUGUGUGUGUCUACCCAGCUGUCUUAUACACCAGCCUACAAACUUACAGUUGAUGUUGGACUAACUCCUCCCACUGGCUACCACUAAGCUACAAACACCAGUCAGGAUCACAUAAGCUCCUCCUACCAGGAUACAAGGCCAAACCA